AUGGAGCGCGCGCGCGCGGCGCGGACGGCGGGGCUGGCGCGGGCCGUGCUGGAGCGCGCGCGGCGGCGGCGCGCGGGGCGCGCGCGGGACCCGACCGCGGCUCCGGAGGAGGACUCGGAGCGGCUGAGCGCCGCGUUUGCCGCGGCGGCGGCGUUCCUGAGCGAGGCGGCGAGGCAGUGCGAGAAGUACUAUAGCUUGGUGCCAGCCUGUAGAUGCAAAGAGCAUGAAAUCAAACAUAUCUGCAGAUACCACAGCAGGCAAGGAGAUGAAAAAGUGUUGGAGGCUGCACAAGAAGAGAAAAAUGCAGCCUCUGUAGUGUCCAGUCAACCUAAAACUUGUCAACAACUUACCAGGAAGGCUUCCAAAGACAUCUACAUUGAAGUUUCUCCUGGCACCUAUUCUGUCACAGCAACCUCAGAGGACAUGGUAAAACAAACCCACGUGGUCAAUGUCAGUGCAGGACAAAGUGUUGAUUUAACUUUUGUUCUAUGAUGUUUGUUGUUUCUUAGCAAUCACUGGAAUAAAAUACUAGGCUUUUAAUGCAUAUGAUGAACUACGCAUAUCUUCUCCUCUUUUAGCACUUUAACAGUAUUCUCUACUUUGGAUCUGCAUUUUUAUGGCUUGUAUAUUUGUUUUAUACUUAAUGCAAACAUGUAUAUUAUAUACAGCCCACUUUGUACACUGAUUUUAUAAAUAUUUUUACAAUGUAUGCCUUAAUUCCAAUUAUGUGACUGUAUAAUUCCAAUUAAAGAUGCAAUCAGUGGAGUAAAGCACAA